AUGCCAUGUUACGACAAAUAUGAAGAGAUAAACAUUUUGUCCUCAGAGGAUGUGGAGUUGUUAAAAAAAUUUCACGCAUUUAACAAAAAAGAAAAGUUCGAUUAUUUUAAGGAAAAUAACACAGUUGUGACGGUAUUGUUCAAUUGUUUGCAAACAGAUUUUAAUGUUCAUUUAAUUCAGUACGUAUUAACGAUAUUUUAUGAAAUUAUAAGAAAUGAUGGGAGUUCUUAUAGCUACAUUUUAAGCAUACUAAAUGACAAAAGUGUAUACUCAUAUUUGAUGAAAUUGUGUACGCAUAAUGACACGUACAUAGCAGACAAGAGUUCUUUCCUUUUGUCGGGGAGCUUUUGCUACAACAGUAAUAAUAAUUACUUCACAGAGACGGAGAUAAAAGACUUUAUUUUAAAAAUUGAUUUUUUUAACGUAUCAGAGGAAGGGAAAAUGGAUAUAUAUAUAAACAUAUUAAAAAUAGAUGACUACAGAAAGGAUAUAUACGAGUUGGAGCAAUUUCUCACAAUAAUUAAUAAAAAUUUGGACUUAAGUAAUAAUAAUGCCAAUAAGCAAUACAAAUCUGUUUUCUGCGUUUGGCUACUUACCUUUAAGGAUAACUUUAUUAAAAAAUUAUAUAAAAAUAACAUCAUUUCUGUUGUAAUUAAUUUGUUUAAAAAAUGCCGAGUCGAAAAGAUAUUGCGAGUUUCACUCAACAUUAUUAAAAAUAUAAUGCACAUGGACGAUUGCUUCGAAAUUAUUGUCGACAAUAAUAUCAUUCAAACGCUGACUGUGUUGCAGUAUGACAAGUGGAGAGACAACGACAUUUAUGAUACGAUAGUUCAGCUCCUCCACAAGUUGGAUCAGCGCGUGAAGAACUACAGCAACUUCGAACGAUACUGCCACGAACUUUCAAAGGGAAAGCUAAAAUGGUCCGUUUUGCACACCGAAAAGUUUUGGCUCGAAAAUGUCAUGCAGUUCGAAAGAGAUGAAUUUAAAGCUAUACAGCAAUUAGCAGAUAUAAUAAAAAGCUAUGCACAUAACAUAGCACAGAAGAGUGACUCCAUGGAGCUGAAGGAGGAAGUAGACGGAGUGACCGUGGCAGUGGCUUGUUUUGACAUUGGCGAGUUCGCGAGGCUCUACCCGAAUGGAAAGAAAAUUUGUCAGAAAUUUAGAAUAAAGGAAAACGUCAUGAUUUUAAUUGCAACGAAGGACAGAGACAUUGUGAGGGAAGCUCUUCUUUGUGCGCAGAAAAUUAUGUUGAACAAUUGGCAGAGCAUAUCGAAUGCCAAGUGA